UAUUUAUAUUUCUCACAGUGCCUCUCUCUCCCCCCGAUCUCCCAGCAACACAAACCAAUCAUCGAAACCCUAGAACGACGACCAGAGAGAUCGAAUCUCUGUCACUAUCUGCGUGAUCUUCAUUUAUUUUGAAAAAAUCUUCUUCCUUUCGGAAAAUUAUAAACGCCAACGGGCUAAGCAAUAGAAACUCCGUUUCUGUUGAAAGGCCAGUUUUUUUUGACUCGCAACCAAACCGCCAUUGAAAUUCAGUUGGUAACAUAAUACUUCAAACACAGCAGCCUGAAAAUGCCUCGCUAUGAUGAUCGAUAUGGUAAUGCUCGUCUCUAUGUUGGCCACUUGGCUUCAAGGACGCGUUCACGUGACCUAGAGAAAAUCUUUAACAGAUAUGGGAGAGUACGAGAUGUGGAUAUGAAGCGCGACUAUGCCUUUGUCGUAUGUACACCUCAUCUUUUUGUAUCUAUUUUCAUGAUUAUGAUUGUGCUCAAUUAUUUAACUAACCAUUCGUUUCUCAUAGCUUAUAUUAUACAAUCAUGGGUUCCCCUCUGUUGGUUUCUGCACCUCAAUUUUUAUUUACAGGAAUUUAGUGAUCCUCGGGAUGCUGAUGAUGCAAGAUAUGGUUUAAACGGUCGAGAAAUUGAUGGAAGUCGUAUUAUUGUUGAAUUUUCAAAGGGAGGGCCGCGUGGAUCUGGUGGUUCUCGAGAGUAUAUGAGCAGCAGAGGCCCCCCUCCUGGAUCUGGACGCUGCUUUAAUUGUGGCAUUGAUGGCCACUGGGCUCGAGACUGCAAGGCUGGAGACUGGAAGAACAAGUGUUAUCGCUGUGGAGAAAGAGGUCAUAUAGAACGAAACUGCCAGAAUAGUCCUAAGAAGCUCAGCAGACGUGGACGGAGCUACUCAGGAUCACCAGUGAGAUCACCCUCUCCUCGCCGUGGCAGAAGCCGAAGCAGAAGUUUUAGCCCAAGGCGUAGCUACAGCCGAUCCAGAUCCCCUCCCAGGAGAGAGCGGAUUGUUGAGCGUGAGGAGAAGAAAUCAAAGAGCCCUCGGUAUCGCUACAGUAGAAGCCCCGAGGCAAAGAAGAGUACCCCACCUCUCUCCAAGGUGAGAAACCGCAGCCUAACACCCGAGGAGGUCAGCCCCAGGGAGAAAACUAGUCCUUCUCCCAAAAGAGGUAGAAUGGUAUCGGAACGGAAUGGGUCAGAGUACAGCGAGAGCCCCAGGGAGAAGAGCAGAAGCCCUGUUAGCCCCGAUGAAAAGGAUAGCCCUGCUGCUGGGAGGUACAGGAGCCCUUCUGAUGCUUAUGGUCGAAGCCGCAGCCCGAGUCCCAGGGAUGACGGAAGCCCUGUUGAUAAUGAUAAUGAUAAUGAUGAUAACCGCCUUUCCCCAAGAGGCAGUGAGUCAUCUUGAAUUGCUUUCUCGUCACAUAUGUGGCACUUAUGGAAGAUAACCAUUAAUGUUUCUGGUUUAUUUUAGUUGCAUUAUAAUGGGACUUGGAAAGCUAAGGUAAACACAUCUACUUGGAGAUUAGUGAGAAUAUCUGUGACUUUUCAGUACUGAUAAAUGCCUUAUUUGGCCUAUUUUUAUUAUAUCCGUAGCAUCAGUUUUAAGUACA